AUGGUAUCAGUUAAAACAAAUUCAAGAAAAUAGUGAAUAUUCCGAUUUGAAUAUACUUAAUAUUGUGGAAACGCGUUGGUUAUCUUGGGCCAAUGUUAUUAAUAAUUUUCACCAAAUAAUUGAAGAUGUUCAUUCCGCUUUAAUUCAGCAUAGUGAUAAUAAUCCAAUAGCAAAGUUUUUAGCAGAUUCUUUAGAUACAGAAUUUUAUAUUUUUACUAAAUUUUUGGCCGAUAUAUUGGGUACAAUAAGUUCAAUGAUCAAAAUAUUUCAGUCAGAUUAUGUCACUUUAAGUGAAACACGACAUCAACUUUCUAUGAUUAUUGAAACAAUUACAAGUGAUUUUAUUGGUACAGAAUUUUUUGAACCUUAUUAUGGAAAUCAUUUAUCAAAAUUUAUGAACGAAAAUUUAUUAACGAGCUCAGAUUUACCAGAGGAUUGA